CCGGAGGAAGGCAGGUCCUCAGGGCUGCCCGCAACCGGGCACCCUAAGGAGCGGUUCGAGCUGCGACGCAACUGGAUCAGGCUCCAGCCAUGGACCGGAAGGUGGCCCGCGAAUUCCGACACAAGGUGGAUUUUCUAAUUGAAAAUGAUGCAGAAAAGGACUACCUUUAUGAUGUGCUGCGGAUGUACCACCAGACCAUGGAUGUGACGGUGCUCGUGGGAGACCUGAAGCUGGUCAUCAAUGAGCCCAGCCGCCUGCCACUGUUUGACGCCAUCCGGCCCCUGAUCCCACUGAAGCACCAGGUGGAGUACGACCAGCUGACACCCCGACGCUCCAGAAAGCUGAAGGAGGUUCGCCUGGACCGUCUGCACCCGGAAGGCCUCGGCCUCAGCGUGCGUGGAGGCCUGGAAUUCGGCUGUGGACUCUUCAUCUCCCACCUCAUCAAAGGUGGCCAGGCAGACAGUGUUGGGCUGCAGGUCGGGGACGAGAUUGUCCGGAUCAACGGCUAUUCCAUCUCCUCCUGUACCCACGAGGAAGUCAUCAACCUGAUCCGCACCAAGAAGACUGUGUCCAUCAAAGUGAGACACAUCGGCCUGAUCCCUGUGAAGAGCUCUCCUGAAGAGCCCCUCAAAUGGCAGUAUGUGGAUCAGUUUGUGUCAGAGUCUGGGGGUGUGCGAGGUGGCUUGGGUUCACCAGGCAACCGAACAACCAAGGAGAAGAAGGUGUUCAUCAGUCUAGUAGGCUCCCGGGGCCUGGGCUGCAGCAUCUCCAGUGGUCCCAUCCAGAAGCCUGGCAUCUUCAUCAGCCACGUGAAGCCUGGCUCCCUGUCCGCAGAGGUGGGGCUGGAGACAGGAGACCAGAUUGUGGAAGUCAAUGGCAUCGACUUCUCCAACCUGGACCACAAGGAGGCCGUGAAUGUCCUGAAGAGUAGCCGCAGCCUGACCAUCUCCAUCGUAGCUGGAGCCGGCCGGGAGCUGUUCAUGACAGAGCGGGAACGGCUGGAGGAGGCCCGGCAGCGUGAGCUGCAGCGGCAGGAGCUCCUCAUGCAGAAGCGGCUGGCCAUAGAAUCCAACAAGAUCCUUCAGGAGCAGCAGGAGAUGGAGCGCCAGAGGAGAAAGGAAAUCGCCCAGAAGGCGGCUGAGGAGAACGAGAGAUACCGGAAAGAGAUUGAGCAGAUCGUGGAAGAGGAAGAGAAGUUUAAGAAGCAGUGGGAGGAAGACUGGGGCUCAAAGGAACAGCUCAUUCUGCCUAAAACCAUCACCGCAGAGGUGCACCCGGUGCCCCUCCGCAAGCCCAAGUCCUUUGGGUGGUUUUACCGGUACGAUGGCAAAUUCCCAACCAUCCGGAAGAAAGGAAAAGAGAAGAAGAAAGCCAAGUACGACAGCUUGCAGGACCUGAGGAAGAACAAGAAAGAGCUGGAGUUUGAGCAAAAGCUGUACAAAGAGAAGGAAGAGAUGCUAGAGAAGGAGAAGCAGCUGAAGAUCAACCGCCUGGCCCAGGAGGUGUCUGAGACUGAGCGGGAAGACCUUGAGGAAUCGGAAAAGACUCAGUAUUGGGUGGAGAGGCUCUGUCAGACGCGCCUUCAGCAGAUCUCCUCUGCCGAGAAUGAGAUUGCUGAGAUGACUACAGGGCCCCCACCUCCCCCACCUUCUGUGUCUCCUCUGGCCCCACCCCUGAGGCGCUUCGCUGGUGGGCUCCACCUCCACACCACUGACCUGGACGACAUCCCCCUGGACAUGUUCUACUACCCCCCCAAGACCCCCUCGGCACUGCCUGUGAUGCCCCACCCUCCUCCCGCCAGCCCACCCCCCAAGGUUCCCGCCCCUCCUGUGCUUCCUUCAGCAGGACACAUGAGCACCUCAUCCUCACCUUGGGUGCAACGCACGCCACCCCCCAUCCCCAUUCCUCCGCCUCCAUCCAUUCCCACCCAAGACCUCACUCCCACCCGCCCACUGCCCUCAGCACUGGAAGAGGCCCUGGGCAACCACCCCUUCCGCAUCGGAGACCCAGGUCAUCCAGGAGAUGACUGGGAGGCAAAUACUCACAGUGGGAAACCCACCAGCUCCCCCACCCCUGAGCGGAGCUUCCCCCCCACCCCAAAGACAUUUUGCCCAAGCCCACAGCCUCCACGGGGCCCUGGCGUGUCCACCAUCUCCAAACCUGUCAUGGUCCAUCAGGAACCCAAUUUCAUCUACAGGCCAGCUGUGAAAUCUGAGGUCCUGCCUCAGGAGAUGCUGAAGAGAAUGGUGGUGUAUCAGACGACAUUCAGACAAGAUUUCCGAAAAUAUGAAGAAGGCUUUGACCCCUACUCCAUGUUCUCACCAGAGCAGAUCGCAGGGAAAGAUAUCCGGCUUCUGCGCAUCAAGAAGGAGGGGUCUUUAGACUUGGCCUUGGAGGGUGGAGUGGACUCCCCUGUGGGGAAGGUGGUCGUCUCUGCGGUUUAUGAAGGGGGAGCCGCUGCUCGGCAUGGUGGUGUUGUGAAGGGGGACGAGGUCAUGGCCAUCAAUGGCAAGACUGUGACAGACUACACCCUGGCUGAGGCUGAGGCUGCGCUGCAGAAGGCCUGGAAUCAGGGCGGGGACUGGAUAGACCUUGUGGUUGCUGUCUGUCCCCCCAAGGAAUACGAUGACGAGCUCUCUUCUCUUCCCUCUGCAGCCGAAAGUCCCCAGCCGGUCCGAGAGCAGCUUGAAGCCCAUGAGCCCCUGUGUAGACACGGGUUCACCCUGCAGCUGGAGCCCACGGACCUUCUUUUAAAGUCCAGAGAUGGAAGCCAACCAGACCCAUCCUGGAGGCUGGCGAACUCUGCAGCCAGCCCCGGCACUCAGCCUGAGAGAACAAGUCCCUGGAAACUGCCCCACAAGAAGCACAAACCCCAGUGGCCUGGCCCACCUCUGACGUCGCCAAGAAGCGGAACAAGGGGCAGCUGCUGUUCUGGGGGUGGCCUGUGGAAUUCUUGCUCCCACUUCUAGCUCUACUGAGAAGGCCCCUCCCGGCCUAAGUACCCCUUCCUUCACUCUAAGGAUACCUAGCUCCUGCAUCUCUCCUGUCCUCUCUCCUGCUGUAAUCACCACUGAAAAUCUGACUGUGGGCUCCCUAAUAAACAAGAUUGACUCCUUUUCCAA